AUUGCCAUUAAUUGUGGCUGGCCAGUCAGAACCUAAGCUUACCGCAUCCGCAGAAGAGGCCACCUUGAACUUCUGCACGCAUCACGACCUACUUAUACCGUUUGGUGCUACAGCUGUCCUCUUCUUCCUUUCUCCCUUCCAGCCUUGACUGUUCAUCCUUUCACCUUUCCCUCUUCUCCUUCACGGAGGCUCAACUAGCCAUUUGUCCUGUUGUUGGCUACCCAGUUCCACCAUGCGCUUCAACUCAGUCCUGACCUCCGCGCUGGUCUCAUCGGCCACUCUGCUGGGCUAUGCUCACGCUGAGGAGCCUGAGACUCCUGAUUCCACCUCUGUGGUUGAGAGGCCCACUUUUACUCCCACCACCCUCAAAGCUCCUUUCCUUGAGCAGUUCACCGAUGAUUGGGAGUCCAGAUGGGUCCCUUCGCAUGCUAAGAAGCAGGAUUCAAAGUCGGAGGAAGACUGGGCUUACGUCGGUACCUGGUCUGUUGAAGAGCCUACCGUGUUCCCCGGCAUUGAGGGCGACAAGGGUCUCGUCGUGAAGAAUGUCGCUGCCCACCACGCUAUUUCUGCUAAGUUCCCCAAGAAGAUUGAUAACAAGGGAAAGACAUUGGUGGUUCAGUACGAGGUCAAGCCUCAGAACUCCCUCGUUUGUGGCGGCGCCUACUUGAAGCUCCUCCAGGAGAACAAGAAACUUCACGCCGAGGAAUUCUCCAACGCUACUCCCUACGUCAUCAUGUUUGGCCCUGACAAGUGCGGUGCUACCAACAAGGUUCACUUUAUCUUCCGCCACAAGAAUCCCAAGACUGGCGAGUACGAGGAGAAGCACCUGAAAACUCCCCCGACCGCCCGUACCUCAAAGCUUACUUCGCUCUACACCCUCAUUGUUAAGCCGGAUCAAUCCUUCCAGAUCUUGAUCGACGGUGAAGCAAUCAAGAACGGUACUCUGCUUGAGGACUUCAACCCACCUGUCAACCCUGCCAAGGAGAUUGACGAUCCCAAGGACAAGAAACCGAGUGACUGGGUUGACGAGCCUAAGAUUCCCGACCCGGAGGCCACGAAGCCCGAGGAUUGGGACGAGGAUGCUCCGUUUGAGAUUGUGGAUGAGGAGGCUACCAAGCCCGAGGACUGGCUUGAGGACGAGCCUACCAGCAUUCCUGACCCCGAGGCUGAGAAGCCAGAAGACUGGGAUGACGAGGAAGAUGGCGACUGGAUCCCCCCUACCGUCCCCAACCCCAAGUGUCAGGAGGCCUCUGGAUGUGGCCCAUGGUCGCCGCCGAUGAAGAAGAACCCUGACUACAAGGGCAAGUGGACCGCUCCUCUCAUCGAUAACCCCGCCUACAAGGGACCGUGGAAGCCUCGCAAGAUCGCCAACCCGAGCUACUUCGAGGACAAGACUCCGUCUAACUUUGAGCCCAUGGGUGCUAUCGGUUUCGAGAUCUGGACUAUGCAGAAUGACAUCCUGUUUGACAACAUCUAUAUUGGCCACUCUGUUGAGGAUGCUGAGAAGCUCCGCAAGGAGACCUUUGACAUCAAGCGCCCCAUUGAAGCGGCCGCAGAGGAGGCCACUAAGCCCAAGGACGAGGAGAAGAUCGCACCCAGCGUCGGUUUCCGUGAGGACCCCGUCACCUUUGUCCGGGAGAAGGUCGACCAAUUCAUUCUCCUCGCCAAGGCGGACCCCAUUCACGCCGUGAAAGAGAUGCCCGAAGUGGCCGGUGGUUUCGGUGCUAUCCUCCUGUUCUUGACUAUCUUUGUUGUUGUGGCCGUUGGAGCCAGCACACCGGCACCGGAGCCUGCUAAGAAGGGCAAGGAGGCCGCUGAAGCUGCCAAGGAGAAGGAGAAGAAGGCCGAGGCUGUCAGCUCCUCCGCUGAUACCGGCAAGGGGGAGGCUACCAAGCGCAGCAAGGGGUCGGCAGAGUAGAUGUUUAGAUAUUUCUAGGCGGUUGAGAAAAAAAGGGCGAGAGUGAUAUCAUUGUAACAUUCUAACAUUCUGUCUAUUUGAAGUUUUUUGCCCUGAAAACAGAUGGAAUAAGGGCCGUUGAAGGACACUGUCACAAUUAUGAGAUAUUAAAGACCUUAGUUUAGCCAAUUUGCGCCAUUUCUGUUCCCC